AUGGCUGAGAAUGCCGACAAGAUCACUCCUGCGACACUGUACCCAAAUCAUGUUUCCUCCAGCAAGUUGACCAAUGGUUUGUGCCAUCAAACGGAACAGAAUGGGACACAACUUCUGGGUAAGGAACCUUGGUGGAAAGCAGGCGUCUUUUACCAGGUAUACCCGGCUUCCUUCAUGGAUAGCAACGGCGAUGGUUGGGGAGACAUACCUGGCCUGAUAUCAAAACUGGACUACUUGUCAGAUCUGGGCGUGGACUGCGUGUGGCUCUCUCCAGUCUUUGACAGCCCCCAAGCGGAUAUGGGCUACGACGUGCGGGACUAUCAAGCAAUAUACGCGCCAUACGGCACGGCGGAAGACGUGGAUCGUCUGACCGAGGAAUGCCAUCGCCGGGGCAUGAAGUUGAUACUCGACCUCGUAGUCAAUCAUACAAGUGUCGAGCACGCGUGGUUCCAGGAAUCCCGCUCCAGCAAGACGAGCCCGAAACGGGAUUGGUAUAUAUGGAAGCCGGCGCGAUACAAUAGUCAGGGCGAGCGCAUCCCGCCGACCAAUUGGCGAGGAUAUUUUGCUUGUCCCACGUGGACUUGGGACGAGGAGACGCAGGAGUACUACCUGCACCUCUACGCCCCUGAUCAGCCUGACCUGAACUGGGAAAACCCAGACUGUCGAGAUGCCAUCUACAAGGAGACGAUGCGGUUCUGGCUGGAUCGGGGUGUCGACGGCUUCCGUAUCGACACUGUCAACAAGUACUCCAAGCGCACCGAGUACCAAGAUGCGCCAGUGACGGAUCCACGCUGGGAAUCGCAGCCGGCACCAGAAAUGUGGUGCAAUGGUCCCAGGAUCCACGAGUUCAUUCACGAGAUGAACGAAAAGGCGCUGGCGCCAUACCAGGCCGUGAGCGUGGGCGAGCUCUCCAACAUGGCCGGGCCCGCCGACGUGCUGCCCUAUGUCGGCGCGGCACGGCGCGAGCUCGACAUGGUCUUUGAGUUUAGCAUGAUCCGGCUCGGCACGGGCGGCGGCUUUGGCCCCAAGUACAUUUACCAGCCGUACACGCUGCCGACGCUCAAGCGGCACGUGGCGCGGUUCCAGACCUUCAUCGAGGGCACCGACGGCUGGACGACGGUGUUUUGCGAGAACCACGACAACGGGCGCGCCGUCUCGCGGUUCGGCGACAGCGGCAGCGGCGCCGAGCUGUGGCGGGCCAGCGCCCGGACCCUGGCGCUGUGGCAGGCGACGCUGACGGGGACCCUGUUCCUCUACCAGGGCCAGGAGAUCGGCAUGGUCAACAUGCCCGCGGCCUGGGGCAUUGAGGAGUACAAGGACGUCGAGAGCCGCAACUUUUACGCCGACGCCUCGGCCAGCGGCGAUCGGGACCGCGUCGACAAGACCAUGCACGGCCUGCGCAUCCUCGCCCGGGACCACUCGAGGAUCCCGUUCCAGUGGGACGGCGAGGCCCGGAAUGCCGGCUUCAGCGACGCCGACGAGACUUGGAUGCGGGUUCACGAUGGGUACCGGGACAUCAAUGUGAAGAAACAGACCGGAGACCCAGCCAGCGUUUUGGAGUUUUGGAGGAGACUGCUAAAGAUUAGAAAGAAGUAUCCAGACGUCUUUGUCCACGGAGUAUUUCGGUCUCUGCGGGAUGAGGACUUGCAGAGGUAUGUGUAUGUCAAGGAGAGCAAGCUCGACGUAAAUGGCAAGCCUGGCACCAAGCGACGGGCGUUGGUGGUCAUGAAUUGGUCCAAAGAGGUACAAGAGCCGGAAAAUGUGAAUGAGGUCUUGGGUUGCUCAGCGGAGAGUGCUCAUUUCUUGGUGAGUACGACUGACGGGUGUCGAGAGAGGGCUCAACUUGAUGCAGCAUUGGAACCAUGGGAGGGGAGGAUUUAUACAAACUUUCAGCCAUAA